UCGCGGACUGCUUCACCGAUCGUCGAAGAAUGGCAAGUCAUUCUUGGACUUAUGGAGAAGCAGUCUGUGGUGGUUGAGCAACUCUUCAAAUCACUAGAAAUAGUGAAGGAAGGGAUGCUCAAGAACAACUCCAGGGAGGUGAAAAUCAGUGCCAGAGAGGCAUAUCACCAUAGUGAUAGCCUCAGAGGCAUCUUAAAGGAUAUGAUGGAUGAGGGGGCCUGCUUUUCUCAUAAUUUAGAGAUAGUGGAUUCCCUCAGCCAGAAGAGAGCUCAAGGCCGCCAGGGGACAAUACCCUUGGCGACUCCGAACUCUGAAAGAAAAGGAAGAAAGAGAGAUGCCUCUGGGACACCACCAGAGAAAGUUGAGAAAAAGAAGGGCAAAACAGGCGAGCUGGACCCAAGGGACAGCAAGCCUGCUGCCGAAGAAAAGGAGAAAUUGAACUCUCUCCAGGAAAAUGAAACCUGGAAAGAGGUCAAAAAAAAGAAGAAAAAAAAAAAGAAAAGGGAUGAAGAAAAGUUGAUAGAAAUGACGGGGGAGUCGAACAAUGAGACCGAUCGACCCUCACGUAAAAAGAAAGAAAAAUCGACGGAUGCAAUUGUGAUAUCCGCAAAAGAUCCGAACAUAAUUAGUAAAAUGAAGGCGGCGGUUAGGCCUGAGGAUACGGGGACGGAGAUAUUGUCGAUUCGGAGGACCAAAAGGAAUGAUCUCCUUCUGGUUUUAAAAAAGGGACAGGGCGUCUUGGGUUUCGGCAGUGCUUUGACCGCUGCGCUUCAGGGAAAAGCAGAAGUAAGGACUGUGGUUUCGAUGAGGUCGAUAGAAAUUUUAGACCUUGACGAAACCAUAGUCCAACAAGAUGUUGUAGAGGCGGUCCGAGGUGUACUUAGCAGGCCGGAUUUAGAAUUGCCGUGCCAGCUUUUCGCUCGGUAUGGUAAUACGAAGAAGGCCAUUCUACGGCUCCCGGAAACGGAAGCGGAGUCGUUACUAAAGGCCAGGCGAGUAAAAAUAGGGUGGGUCAACUGCAGAGUCCACGCCAGAGUGGAAGUAGAGAGGUGCUUUAGAUGCCUCUGUUACGGCCAUCUGGCUGGAGGAUGCAGUGGGCCGGACCGAAAGGAGGCUUGCUGGAGGUGUGGCGGUCUCGACCACAGGAAGGGUCAGUGCAAGGGGGCAGCCCAGUGCAUUGACUGUUCCGAUCGUGGGAUGGAGGACACAAAACAUCCUUCAGGGAGCAGGGCCUGUCCGGUGUACUGGAAGAUGCUUACAGAUCUAAAGUCCAGAGCUUAG